ACGGUUUCUACUGUAGUGAUUCAUUCCAUAGUAGAAGGAUGGCCUGUUUAUGUCGCUCAAAAAUAACCUAUUUCUUUAAAUCAAUGGAAUAACAUACCUUUUUCAAGAUAUUUACUUUUGCCAUACUAACAUCAGACCUUCCGUGCCAUGAAGUUGCUCCACAAAGACAUCGAGAAAGACAAUGCCGGUCAGGUGACCCUGAUGCCGGAGGAGGCCGAGGACAUGUGGCACACCUACAACCUGGUGCAGGUGGGGGAUAGUCUACGAGCCUCCACCAUCAGGAAGGUGCAGACCGAGUCGUCCACAGGCAGCAGCAGCAGCUCUCGCGUCCGCACCACCUUGACCGUAUGCGUGGAAACCAUCGACUUUGACUCUCAGGCCUGCCAGCUCCGCGUCAAAGGAACUAACCUUGAAGAAAACCAGUAUGUCAAGAUGGGCGCCUACCACACUAUUGAAUUGGAACUGAACAGGAAAUUCACUCUGGCUAAGAAAAUCUGGGAUAGUGUUGUCCUGGACAGAAUCGAACAAGCGUGUGACCCUACGCAGAAGGCAGAUGUGGCUGCCGUGGUGAUGCAGGAUGGGCUGGCCAACAUCGUCCUGGUGACCUCGGCGAUGACCCUGCUGAGAGCGAAGAUCGAGGUGACCAUCCCUCGCAAGCGGAAAGGUAGCUGCACCCAACAUGAGAAGGCUCUAGAACGGUUCUACGAAGCAGUCAUGCAGGGAAUUUUGCGACAUAUCAACUUUGACGUGGUGAAGUGUGUGCUGGUGGGCAGUCCCGGGUUCGUGAAGGACCAGUUCAUCAACUACCUGUUCAGGGAGGCCGUUCGGCAGGACAAUAAGCUUCUGCUGGAGAACCGGCCCAAGUUCAUGGCCGUGCACUCGUCGUCUGGACACAAGUACUCGCUGAAAGAAAUCCUGUCAGAUCCCGCGGUGACGAGCCGCCUAUCGGAGACCAAGGCGGCGGGUGAAGUGAAAGCUUUGGAGGAAUUCUACAAGAUGCUGCAACACGAACCAGACAGAGCCUUCUACGGAUUGGCUCAUGUUGAGAAGGCGAGCGAAGCGUUGGCCAUUGACAUUCUACUGAUCAGCGAUCAGCUCUUCAGACACCAGGAUGUGGCGACACGCAGUCGAUACGUGCGGUUGGUGGACGCCGUGCGAGACAAUGGUGGGAACGUGAGGAUUUUUUCCAGCCUUCACGUCUCUGGAGAUCAACUGAACCAGCUGAGUGGAGUGGCGGCCCUCUUGCGUUUCCCCAUCGCGGACAUGUCGGAGGCCGAGGACGAGGACAGCAGCUCUGAUGAGGAGUGAUCUCUCUGGAGCUCUGUCUUCUCUUAGCCACUCGCUACGCUACGCUACGCCAUGCUACGGCACGGCAAACAGGACAGACAGACGAAACAGAAACAGGCGGACAGGAAAAAAGGAAGACCGAAUUCACUCUCACACACACACACACACAUAUAUAUACACACACACACACACACACACACACACACACACACACACACACACACACACACACACACACACACACACACACACACACACAUAUACACACACACGCACACGCACACGCACACACAUACACACACACAUACACACACACACACACACACACACACACACACACACACACACACACACACACACACACACACACACACAUUACACUCUCUAUUGCAUGAAACCUUGCCCAUGCUUUGUAAAGCACAUAUUACAGCUUCCCAUGACUGAUGUCAAAUGGGCAAACAUGUGCCUUGGCGUGGUUCUGGAAUCUUCUCAUCAUAAUCCUCAACAAGGUUCUGGACCUUUCACUGUGUCCCUUGAUGGUUCUGGAACUUGUAGCAGGCCCUUGACAUUGGUUCUGGAACCUUUAGCCUGAUGUGGCCCGGAUUGUCACCAAAAGCGGCUCUAGUUUGGCUCAGGCUCACACGCGCAAUACAGGGUGUGAUCGGAAUUAGUCUUAAAAUGCUUCAGGCAAAAACACUCACACAGACACAAGUGCAGACAUGGAAACACAUGUAUGUACAUUGAGCUCUACACAUACACACACACACACGCACAGACACACACACACACACACACACACACACACUCGUUCAUACAUGGGUUCUCUCUCUAACACACACUGGGGUUAUUGUGGGUGGGUGGGUGCUUGCUUGGGAAAACACUGCUGCAGAUCUGGGGAACUGGGGAAAUACGCCACGACACACACUCACAGGCGUCACACACACUCACAAGCUUGACACAGCUCAUCUCAAAAGAACACAAGACUGAGGUUGUCAACCACUUACAUCUCUGUCUCUCUCCUCUGCAAAAACAUUACUUGUUUCUAUUAACUUGCAGUUCUGCAAAUACACACACACGCACACACACACACACACACACACACACACACACACACACACACACACACACACACACACACAUAUACACGCACACACACACACAGGUCGUGUUGUGUGUGUAUUUUUGGAUGGAAUUGAAGCGCAGUCUUUGCUGUGGGAUGGAACGCAAGUUGUUAGGAGGGCUGAAUCUGGUUGACCACAGCACUAGCCAGACUUCUGCUCCCUCUACUUUGUUGCCAAAUGGAAAUACAAGGAAACCUAACCGAAAUAGAGAACACUUACAACCACUGUGGAGGAUGACGUGAUGUGUCGCAAUACGACUGUAAUUAUUACCCAGAAACGACUACGCUGACACAUGUACAUUUCAUUUUGAAUGUAUAUAUGAAAAUAUCUUGCAAUUAAACAAUACAGCAGUUUGAGCAUUGA